GUUUGCAUUAACCUCUCUCUCUUUCUCUUUAAUCCAAGUAAAGUAUCCAACAACUCAGCCAAACCAAAAGUUUCUUACUUUUGCUUCUUCUUCUUCUUAGCAUUUACUCAAACCAAGUCAUUCAUUCAUUCAAUCCCCUUUCGAAUUUAUAGUUUUUAGGGUUUCUUCGUCGGAGUUAUUUUUGUCUGAAUUUUUCUGUACUUUCUUUUGGUGGAUUUUUCCUCUGUUUUAUUGUCUCGAGAUGAUCCAUCUGAUUCUGCUAUCCAAAUACGAUUCGAUGACUCUUCGUGGGUUUUGAAAGUGGAAAUUUUUAUAACUCUGAAUCGCUUUCUGAUCCUUUGCCUUGUGUGAUAAGAGUUACAACACCGAGAUCGGUCUUGAUUUCUUUUAACUGUAGAGGUUUGAAACUUCUUCCUCUACUUAUAUUUUGAUCUGUUAUUUGUUGUAUACACUAUUACUUAGCUGCUUCUGGUCUUUGUAAGUCAUACCCUGCUUCUCUGCAUUAGACAGAUAGACCCUUGUAAUUGUUUACUGCAUCCUUGUGUACUUGAUUCGGUUUUGUUUCAGUGUAUCUGGAGAUUGGCAACAAUGUCUGAGCUCAAAGAGCGUUUGCUUCCUCCAAGACCUGCUUCAGCUAUUAACCUUAGAGGGGAUGCAGCAGCUUCUCGUCCUUCUCCAUCAGGGAGACAACCUCUCCUUGGACUUGAUGUUUUGGGUCUCAAGAAGCGUGGCCAAGGCCUCAAGUCUUGGAUUCGUGUUGAUACUUUUGCCAAUUCUCAGCUCAUUGAGGUCGAUAAGUUCACUAUGAUGCGUAGAUGUGAUUUGCCUGCUCGUGAUUUAAGGCUCCUUGAUCCUUUGUUUGUCUAUCCCUCCACUAUCCUUGGCAGAGAGAAGGCUAUUGUUGUUAACUUGGAGCAGAUCCGUUGUAUCAUUACUGCUGAUGAGGUUUUGCUCUUGAAUUCCCUUGACAACUAUGUGCUUCGGUAUGUUGUUGAGCUGCAGCAGAGGCUAAAGGCGAGUUCUGUUACUGAGGUUUGGAAUCAGGACACUCUUGAUUUCAGCAGGAGGAGUCGGAGUAGGAGUUUAGACAAUGUCUUUCAGAACUCAUCCCCUGAUUAUUUACCUUUCGAGUUUAGGGCUCUUGAAGUUGCCCUUGAAGCUGCUUGUACCUUCCUUGAUUCCCAGGCUUCAGAGUUAGAGAUUGAGGCAUACCCAUUAUUGGAUGAGCUUACCUCAAAGAUCAGUACUUUAAACUUGGAGCGUGCGCGUAGACUAAAGAGCAGACUUGUAGCAUUGACGAGAAGAGUUCAAAAGGUUCGGGAUGAGAUUGAACAGCUAAUGGACGAUGAUGGGGAUAUGGCGGAAAUGUACCUAACAGAGAAGAAGAAGAGAAUGGAAGGAUCUUUAUAUGGUGAUCAGUCUUUACCUGUUUACAGAUCGAAUGAUUGUGUUUCUCUGUCUGCGCCAGUUUCUCCUGUUUCUUCUCCUCCUGAGACCCGUAGACUUGAGAAAAGCUUGAGCGUUGUAAGGAGCCGGCAUGACAGUGCUAGGAGCUCAGAAGGCGCAACCGAGAAUAUAGAGGAGCUAGAGAUGUUGCUGGAAGCAUACUUUGUUGUCAUCGAUAGCACUCUCAACAAGCUAACCUCGUUAAAGGAGUACAUUGAUGAUACCGAGGAUUUCAUCAGCAUACAGUUGGAUAACGUACGGAAUCAGCUGAUCCAAUUCGAGCUGCUGCUAACUACUGCGACAUUCGUUGUAGCCAUCUUUGGGGUUGUAGCAGGGAUCUUUGGGAUGAAUUUUGAAAUAGAUUUCUUUGAAAAGCAAGGUGCUUUCAAAUGGGUUUUGACCAUCACUGGAGUGUGCGGCCUUCUCAUAUUUUUGGCAUUCGUCUGGUUCUACAAACGUAGAAGACUCAUGCCUCUGUGAAGACAUAAUAACUGCCCUGACACGUAGACGAUUGUGUUUACUGUUUAUGUUACUUAAAUUAAUACAUUAAUCGUCUGUGACCUUUUUAUAUAAAGAUGAAACAGUGUCAUUAAGGAUGAAAUACAAAUUACUUGAAGCACCUUCUUGAAA